GAUAUUGUCGCGGCUCGGAGCGUGUGUUCUUCCCUUUCACCAGCUAAACUGAAAUGGAAACAGAAUGGGAAAAUGUUAGACGCUGAGCGUCAGUGACAUCAAGGAAAGGAUAAAGACAUUAAGUGCAUAAUUGGGCACAACUGUAAUUAUUGGUGCUUUGAAUGUAGAAGGCUCGCUCUUGUUAUACUCGUGCGCGCUUAUUCCAUCUUGACAGUACACCGUAGUGGUUCCACUGGGUACAACUUUCACAUCUGGCUCAAUUUCUGUGCUGAUAAUUGCUUCAAUUAGGCUACACCCUGCAUUCCAGGUGUAGGCUACAUGCAGCUAUGAGGAAUAGAGACUACAUUUUUCAAUGUCUGUUCAUCUGCCUCUCGUUGACGGUCGUCUGGCAAACGAGGCCAGUCAUUGCUGAUCCUACAACAGAUGCCUUCAAGAACAACAUCACUCUCUUCACACGGAUCCUCGACAGACUUCUAGAUGGCUAUGAUAAUCGCCUUCGACCCGGCCUAGGGGAUCGUGUAACAGAGGUGAAUACCAAUGUCUACGUCACCAGCUUUGGCCCGGUUUCAGAUACAGACAUGGAAUACACGAUAGACGUGUUCUUCCGGCAAAGCUGGAAAGACGAGAGGUUGAAAUUCGACGGGCCCAUGGACAUAUUGCGGCUGAACAACUUGAUGGCCAGUAAAAUAUGGACUCCGGACACGUUCUUCCAUAACGGGAAGAAGUCGGUGGCUCACAACAUGACCAUGCCCAAUAAACUACUGAGGAUUCAAGACGAUGGCACCCUACUUUACACCAUGAGGUUGACGGUUCAUGCGGAGUGUCCUAUGCAUCUGGAAGAUUUCCCCAUGGACUUCCACUCAUGUCCCCUGAAGUUUGGCAGCUAUGCCUAUACGAUGUCAGAGGUGACUUACGUCUGGACCAGUAAGCCCGCCGACUCUGUGGUGGUGGAAGGCGAGAGCUCCCGUUUGAACCAGUACGACCUGCUCGGCCAAACAGUAGGCCAAGAAACCAUCAAGUCCAGCACAGGCGAAUACACUGUCAUGACGGCACAUUUCCAUUUGAAGCGGAAGAUUGGUUACUUUGUGAUACAGACCUAUCUACCAUGCAUCAUGACUGUCAUCCUCUCCCAAGUGUCCUUCUGGCUGAACAGAGAGUCCGUGCCAGCUAGGACUGUGUUUGGUGUAACCACUGUGCUGACAAUGACCACCCUGAGUAUAAGUGCUCGUAACUCCCUCCCCAAGGUGGCCUACGCCACGGCCAUGGACUGGUUCAUCGCUGUCUGCUACGCCUUUGUCUUCUCCGCCCUCAUUGAGUUUGCCACCGUCAACUACUUCACAAAGCGCGGCUGGGCCUGGGAUGGGAAGAGCAUUGUGAAUGACAAGAAAAAAGAGAAGGCCUCCGCCAUGAAGAAGAACAACGCGUACGCCGUGGCGGUGGCCAACUAUGCACCCAACAUCACCAAAGACUCUGGGUUGUCCACCAUCGCCAAGGGCGGCGCUCCUGACCCCAACAUGGCGGUCGGCAAGGUGGGUGGCAAGGCAGACCCAAAGAAGACUUUCAACAGUGUGAGCAAAAUCGAUAGGAUUUCGAGGAUUAUGUUCCCGGUCCUGUUUAGCAGCUUCAACUUAGUCUAUUGGGCCACAUACUUAAACAGAGAACCUUAUAUAAAGGAUAUGGUGCGCUCAACCUAGAGGCCCCUCCCUCCUGCAUUGUAAUAUAUCCGAAUUACGGGACUAAAAGACUUAGCAAAUACGACUAGUAUCUGCUAACUCUUGGUUCGUUGGUGCAAGACAGACAAGCCCUGGAUUGCUUUGUGCCCCUCUCUUUCCUGUUUUUUCUACACCACUUUCUGCAGUGCUUUUGGAAACAACUGGCCUUUGUAAAUACAGCAUAAAUGUACAAUCAUGACUUUUGUGUGUUUCGUGAUAUAAUCAGUGAACAAUACAUUUAUUUUGCGUGCUUAUGUUCUGUUGACCAUUGAUGGCUCCAUGUUUGAAUAGUUUAUGAAAAGGAACCUCGAGAUGUUUAUUUUAGUCAAAAAGUUUUAGAAAUUAUUAUUCUUUUUUUAUAUAUAUAUAUAUAUAUUUCAUCUUAUUUAUUUUUAAAACAUUCGUGGGUUAAGUAUGUAAUAUUUCUCAGCGACCAGAAUUUCUCAAUUAUGUAUAAAGUUAUCUUUUUCUAUACAAGCCAAUACAAAAACAUAUGAAAAAAUUGUAAAUGCUUAUGUUUUAUUGAAAUGUGGUAUAUUAUUUUGUUAAACAAAAUAUCAACAUAAGCAAAACAAACAAUGUUUUUUGUGUGUUGAUUUACCAUACUGUGUAACGAUUGAUUAAUUGAUUUUAUUUGCCAGUAAAAAAAAAAAACAUUUACCCACAGUACAUACAUUUAAAAACAUGACAGGGAUAACACAAAAAAGUCUUGACUUAUUUCCAUUGUGAAGCCUUAAAAUGGAAUGGAUGAAGGGGUUGUUUGAAGCGUUUGAGGGAGGGUGGGAGCAUCAAUGAUCUCAGUGGAGGGAGAAUCAUGGUAGCAGGCAGGGAGGCCUGACAGUCAGUCAGACACGGACAGGUCCGUAGCCUCAGCCACGCAUCCCACCGUCUGUGUAGCCAUUUUGGCUCAGACUAAGUACAGUGCCUUCGGAAAGUAUUCAGACCCCUUGCCUUUUUCCCCAUUUUGUUACAUAACAGCCUUAUUCUAAAAUUGAUUAAAUCAAUUAAAAUCUUCAGCAAUCUACCCCAGCAUCAUCCCUACAGUGAAGUAUAGUGGUGGCAGCAUCAUGCUGUGAGGAUGUUUUUCAGCGGCAGGGACUGGGAGACUAGUCAGGAUCGAGGGAAAGAUGAACGGAGCAAAGUACAGAGAGAUCCUUGAUGAAAACCUGCUCCAAAGCGCCCAGGACCUCAGACUGGGGCGAAGGUUCACCUUCCAACAGGACAUCGACCCUAAGCACACAGGCAAGACAAGCAGGAGUGGCUUCGGGACAAGUCUCUGAAUGUCCUUGAGUGGCCCAGCCAGAGCCCAGACUUGAAACCGAUCUAACAUCUCUGGAGAGACCUGAAAAUAGCUGCUCCCCAGCUAACCUGACAGAGCUUGAGAGGAUUUACAGGGAAGAAUGGGAGAAACUCCCCAAAUACAGGUGUUCCAAUCUUGUAGCGUCAUACCCAAUUAGACUCAAAGCUGUAGUCGCUGCCUAAGGUGCUUCAACAAAGGACUGAUUUAAAGGGUCUGAAUACUUAUGUAAAUGUGAUAUUUCAGUUUUCUUUUUAAUUUCAACUUUUCUUUGUCAUUUUGAGGUAUUGUGUAUAGAUUCAUGGGGAAAAAUAAUUAUUCUAUAUUUUUAGAACAAGGCUGUAGCGUAACAAAAUGUGGAAAAAGUUAAGUGGUUUGAAUACUUUCCAAGGGCACUGUACGUAGCUUGUCAUUCAUACUUAUGUGCAGUACUCACAUGGGUGAUGCUACUGCUUCCGUCAGGCGCUGAAAGCUCACCACACUUCUGUAUGAAGUAGUUUGUGUUUCACUUCGACAAGCCAUCGCAGUCCUCUCUCUGUUCUGCUCAUCACUGUGUCAGGAUGUUUCAAGUUGAUAAAAUUAUAUUUGGAUGAUUGUCCAUUCUACAUUGGAGGCAGGUGCCAUUUUCCUUGCUCAAAACAGCACUGAACUGUGCAAAAAAAGAAGGGUGCAAUUUUUCCCCUUUAUACUUCUAUUCAUCAAAUUUUAAGUUAGGACAUGUGGAAGGCGGAGGAGCUCCAGUACAGUAGGUGGCGUUAAUGCACAAUAAUGUUGGAUGCCAGCCGCCGAUAAACCCCAGAAUAAGGGCACUGUUAUCCCGCAGUACUGUUAACGAUGGCGAGCUCAGGUGUUCAGCAGGCCGGAGCGAAGGACAUUGUGUGCUAGCUUAGCCAGCUAGUCCUAAGGAGGACUCCGGUACACAGCAGGUGGGAGCGACACUGUGUGCUAGCUCACUAGCAAGCUAGCUAGCACAAGGUGUUGCUAAAUAUUAAGCUAGCUAGUAUACAGUGUCACCCGAGCCUCCCAUCUGCUGUGCUAGCGGGAGGCGGGGAUGACUAGUAGACAGUGUCCUACCCCACGCCUGUCGGGCACUGUUUAUGCCGGUACACAGCAGGCGGGAGCGACACAGUGUGUUAGCUUGCACAGAGUGUCGCUAACUAGCAAGCUAGUUAGUUAGAUAGCACACGGUGGCGCCCUAGCCUCCCGUCCUCUGCUGUGCUAGAGGGAGGUGGGGGCAACGGUAGACAGUGUCCUUCGCCACCUGCCUGUCUGGCACUGUUUUCCCGCAGUUCUGUUAAGAACGGUGAGAGCAGGUGUUAAGCAGGCGAGAGCGAAGGACACUGUCUACUGGUGUCGCUCCCGCCUGCUAGCAAGGACUCCAGUAGGCAGGGGCGAAAAAACUCUGAUAAGACUUUCAUUUCCCUUUUGACACAUGUAUAUCAUAUCAGAAGGCGGAUAUUAUGUAUCAGCGCGUUAAAAUGUGCUUUUACAUGCUUUUCAUUCACUGAGGUUUGAUUCCUGGUUGGUGCUACAGUGUACUUCCAUGUCUGAUUUCAUUGACUCUCUCCUUUAACUGCCCCUAAUUUACAAAUGUUUAGCUACAACUUCUGAGUCCGUUGGAGAGGAUCAGCUUGAGCAAAGUGAGGUGUAUAAUCACUGAUCUUCAAAUAGUAUUCGCUGGCUAAUAAUAGGCUUUGUGAGAUUAAGAUUCGCAGAGCUACGCCUCCCCUGGCGUAGGCGAUCCCCCCCACCAAACACACACACACACAACCAGACAUUGACUGACUGAUUGGAGACAGCUUGUGUCAAUUAAAUAACACUUCCUAGGAUUUUCUACCUGCAGGAAACCUAAUGGAUAAUGCUGGAAAUACUGGUAAAUGCCAAAACAAAAGCCGAAAAUCAUGGCCCUACACAUGACAUAUUUUGAAAAGUAAAAGUUUAGGCACAGCUUAUUGGCAGUUUAUUUUGAUUUGUUAUGAGGGUAGCAUUAAUUUUAUCUACCAUCAUUCAGUACAUUGGUUAAAUACAUUUUCCACCUCACAAACACAAAUAGAAUACAGGUGUGUUUGCGAGAGAGAGAAAUGUCGCCCAACAUCUAUGUUAGUUAUGUACACUGUCACACUGACCUUGUUGAUGAAGAUUGUUGAGCACCCAGAACUGAAUGGAACUUAUUUUGUCAUGAACAGGCUUUGUAUGAAGUGGCAUCAAUAGGAUGUGUUGUUUGAUUGCUACAAUGGUGCUAGCCUGUUCUAAAUCCUCAGAUCAAUUUAGCCAUAAUUCAAAGACCCAAUAGACCAAACACCCACAAGUGCUUCAAAACAAAAUUGCACCAGUGUCUACAUAUUAUUAUUACAUAUUGUUUACAUUUAUAUGAAGUUAUGUCAUGUAUAUAUUUCCUAAGUUUGUGUUAAAUAAUGUACGUCUUCUACCAAUUUGCUCACCAUCAACUGUUUCAAUGGUUAUGUACUGUACAGGGCCCAGAGUCUUUCAUGGUCACAUGGUCAGGGAAAACUCAGGGCACUAGCUAUGAAUGUGUUCAUCAGAUCUUUACAGAUGUUGACAUGCAACAUUUCAUGUUUACAUACUGUAUGUUUGUUAUUCACCUUGCAGUUACAAUUGAUUUCAAAAGUUAGAUGUUGUGCAUAGACAUUAUACCUUAAAUUAAGUCUUAACAAAUCACCUGUGUCUCAAGAGAUUUGUGCAUAUAUUAUUAACUAUUGAAGUGAACAUUUUCAUGGAUACUUCUACUAUUGCCAAAAUUGGCGCCGUAGACAACAAUUUCAAUUGUUUUGUUUUGCUAUUUAGUUUGUCUGACAAAUUAACACUAAAGUGUGUCGUGAAAAUCUUCCUAAAACAACACGACCACAUGAUGGUGUGGAGCACACAUUCGUGAGAGUGUCAUGUGAAAUGUGAUACAAUGUGGCACUACUCUCUCUCAGUCAUCACCUCUAGUCUAAUCCAAUAUCAAUCUAAAAGUCUGAUCUCAUAUCAUUUGAGAAGUCAUAUCGAUCUAAUUGCAGAUGUUCCACUGUGAUGUCUCGUGGGAAUCCAAGUUCACUGUCAUUAUCUUUGAUGAUUCGUUCGCACGUUGUGAUCUAUUUCAAAUUAAAUGUGACUCGUGCAGACAGGUGAAAAGAAGAAGACUCCUCAGUUGAGCCUCUGUACCAGUUCAAGUCGCUUGAGAAAUGUCGGGAUGAGUGUGUGGAUGCGAUGCUCAGUGUUUGCUACAGCAACAUGACUACGGGGCCAAAGAAGGGAUCUUGGCACCAUUGCAGUUUACCAAGCAGUUUUACUCAUCAGAUUGGAUAUGGAGGUAGAAUGAGUAGUGUGCUGUUCGGAUUAUAUGAGCUUUUAUAAGGACGCCGCAUCACGGUUCAUCUGACGAAAUGUCAAAGCAAUAAAAAAUAAAAAAUGACGGAUGAAAUUGUCACAACAUGGUGUAAAUAUGGAUUGUGUUUGUGCUUUGGAGGAUAGUGCAUGCGAGUGUUUGACGUUGUGUUGUAGGGGGGUGCCAAUACACUCUGCUGAGCAGCACCAGCGUUAAUUCAUUUAUUCAUAUUCAUGACUAUACAGUAGUUUAGACUGCAUAGUCUUGUAUUCAUUUGCAUAGUCUCAUCACCAUAGUCUGUAUGACACUGCCAUUCUACAGUCUCUGGAUUGUUUGACUUGAAAAUUGAUGUGAAAGAUGCAAUGGGGCCGUCUGUAUUCAAAGUACUUAUCUGUCCAUGAGCUAUUGUUAUACACUGACGUAGAAUCAAACAAAACAAAAAUACAUGUUUUUUUUACCCUUAUUUUCCAAAUGGUCUGGUAAUUUGGAAUCAUUUUGACCCCCAAUAUCUUUUUCAUGUAUUUGAAUAUGACGGUAUAAGGAACACAUCCAUAGAAAUCCACCUGACAUUCCUACCCAAACAGCUUCUAUUUUCUACAAACUCCAAUUGUAAUUCUUUCCAUAGCGGCAAA